AUGACCAUGUCGAUAACUGGUAAACAGAAACUAAACGCAUUUUUAUUUUACCCACAGCUUUUCCCUGGUAAUACUGAUAAAAACACCAUCAUACGGAAUGCAUUGUCCCCGGCCAUACGUGCCCAGUUUAUUCGUAUAUAUCCCAAGGAAUUCAGAGAUCAUCGAGCUAUGAGAUUGGAGUUUAUUGGUUACUACAAAGGUAAACUUAUUCUUCAUUCUUCCAAGGAGUAUUAGGGGGGAGGGCGAGGGUGGGAGAAACUAGGGGGGGGAGGCGAAGGGGAUAGAAAAAGAGCAAGUUUUUGCCCCUCCCAUUUUUCUCACUCUCUUUCUCUCGCCUUUGUUCCCCCCCCCCUAUUGAAGACUAAAAAGCAAUGUCAACAGACAUAUGUCAAUGCAAUAUGUAAAUUAAUCAUAGUCACUAUCUUCGUCAUUUUCCUAUUUGUCAGGAGGCAAAUGGUGUCUCCAAAGAAAGUACAUAUGCAGACAACAUGAAACAUUAGACUGCAGAAAAUUGCACAAACAGUUAUCAAAUUCAUGUCACAGAAGUGGUAUUAAAAGGACAUAUGUGACAACUGAACGGUAUCAAAGUUUUUGGCCAGGGGUGGGCAUUUAUUUUUUAAUUGAUAUUUGAGGUUGGCUAAAAAUAUUUCUCUUUGGUGGCAAACCACCCUCCCCCCCGCCAUAAAUGAUGGCCAGUCUUUAGUUCGCAACCCACUCUUGUUAUCAUUUUCGUUCAGAUCAGAAACCCGGACCGCUUGGCUUGGAAGAUCGCCGAAUUCAAGACGGUCAGUUGAGUGCGUCAACAGAAAAUCAGGCCAACCAUGGUCCACAUGACGGCCGACUUCACAAUGAAAGAACUUGGGUCGCUUCUGCAGGAGAUCAAUGGUUGCAGGUCGACUUCUUGCGACUUGUCAAAGUGACAGAGAUAUGGACGCAGGGUCGAACAGACUCCGAUCCCGACGAAUGGAUUAAAUCGUAUAAUGUCGAAUACUCUCUGAACGCGGUGGAUUUUACUGCUUUCACGUCGUAUGUUUGGGUAAUUGAAACUAACUUUAUUCAUGUUGGGUUGUAUUAUAUGAUCUAUCUACGGUUGAGGGGUUUUUGUAGGUUGGAAAUUUCCAGGCUUAAAUUUAUACAUUUUCAGAGCUAACCAGGAGUGGCUGCGAAAACUAUAGGCCCUCUUUUAAAACUAUAGCCCCUCUGGUAGGAAAAGGCAGCUUCGUUUCAAAAUUUUCAUCUUACGUUUAGUUUCAUCGAGUACCCAAAUCUUUAUAUAUAUCUACUGUUCUCCCUAUAUAGUGUCAAUUAAGGUGGCUCCCUACAGUUAUUCUUGUUUACCCAAUAAUUCCGUAAAACAGGCUUAUUUGUGCAGAACGCGAAUUCGUUUCGAUUUGGUGACAAUAUUGGUCACCUAAGGAAUAUUUCGAACUAGAUUUCGACAACGUCAGCGUUACCAUGGCAACAUGACGACAGCACAAAACCUUCCAAUUUAACCCAUAAAUGUGCCGCUAUCUCACAAACGAUGUCGGUGACCUAUCUUUUUUAUUUCAUAUAUCAAUAGGGAAUGAUGCUCUACAACUGUGGUGAAAGUUUAAAAAAAUUCUGUAGUGUGUGAUUUUUUUAAAAGCGAAAAUUUUAUUGCGAAAUUUCCACACUACAGAUUUUUUUAAAAAUUGAAAUUUAUAUAAUUUACCGCAAAAUAACUUCGUGGUCAAAAUUUGAAGAUAGGUCACCGAUGAAACUAAUGAGUAAAAUGCAAAUAAAGUUAGAAAAUAGCCUCGUGUAACUCGAGAAAUUCCCCUUAUUAAAAAGCGACGCUGACUAGUAAAAGAUUAUACGCGGGCGCAGAACGAGUUUUCAUUCAGCAAAAUCGAGCGGAAAUGUUGUUUUUACUGUUUUGUUUUUGACUUUUUGUCAACUUUUCGAUUUAUUUGAGUGCCAUGGACAGCCAAGGAUUAAUGUGAAGGAUCAAAUCGAUGAAAACAAGGUUGAAGCUAAUUAAACCCUGCCGUUUACUCAAUCUAUGAGCUGUAGCAGCCUAUUAACAGGUGGACGUGUUUUUUGUUUCAUGUUUGGUUUUGUACUUUUUGCUAAAAAUGAACAAUUAGGCUAUGAAACUGAAAUAUUUUUCUGUUUACAUAUAAUCACUUUAAUCUUGUAGAAACACGACUAAAAAUGUGAACGUUUUCUUGAGAAGUAAAUAACUUUUUAAACGUUUGUAUGCAAUUUUGCAAAUGUUUUACAGUUGACAGUGUAUAUUUAAAAAAAUUAAAAAACAUUGUUUCGUAGCUAUUUUUUGGUCUAGUGAUAUUCGUAUCAUAUGUAGAAUUGCUGUAUAGACUCGCAAGUGAUUUGGCACUCAAAACUAAGUAUUAUUCAACGCUUUUUUCCAUUAGAAACCUUUCAGAAAUAGCUUUAGUUUUAAAAAAAGCGUGGUCAGUUUUUGUUUUGUUUUGAUCAUGCUGUUGCGUGGGAUAGUUCACGUACUGGUCCCGCGAACAUCCCGCACGCAACUGUAGGGAGCCUCCUUAAGCAGCCUCGUACCCAGGCGUAAAAAAUAAUUAAAAUAGGCACACUACAGUGUUUUUAUAUAGAUCAGUGGCACGGAGGUGCUUGGGCGAGUUCAGCUCAUUGGUUCAGCUCGCUCAGCUUAGUCACUGAUCUAUAUGAAAACACUGUAGUGUGCCUAUUUUUAGUUAUUUUUUGCGACUGGGUACGAGGCUGUCCAUUAAGUACAAGGCAACCUUGGAAUGUUUAUGACGUUGAAUAUCAACGUCAUAAACAUCUAAGUUGAAUGUUUAUGACGUUGAAUAUGUUCGGCAUAAACGUUCAACUUACAUGUUUAUGCCGUUGAAUAUGUUCGGCAUAAACAUUCGAAUCAAGUUAGAUGUUUAUGCCGUUGAAUAUGUUUGGCAUAAACAUUCAACUAGGAUGCUUAUUCCAUUAACUGUUUUCCGCAUAACCACUCAACUUGGAUGGUUAUGCCGUUGACUGUCUUCGGCAUAACCAUUCAACUUAGACGUUAAUGGCGUUUAAUCAUAAAUAUUUGGGUAAAGUAAGUAGGAAUAUACCGUUUGCUUUCAUCCUGAGAAAAUAUUUUUCGAGAAAAAAAAUAAAAAUUUUCCAAUAUUUUUUGGUGCUAAAAUAUAACAAAUGUCUUCGGCGAGAAUCGAUCCAUUACUCAUUUGACGUCUGUAGUUUCUACCACUGUACCACGUGUUCAUGAACAUAUAGCGAAUUGAUCAUAGCUGAAUUAGUGACUUUAAUCCAUAAACAUUCAACUUAGAUGUUUUUUGCCGUUGAAUAUGUUCGGCAUAAACAUUCAACUUAGAUGUUUAUGCCGUUGAAUAUGUUCGGCAUAAACAUUCAACUUAGAUGUUUAUGCCGUUGAAUAUGUUGGGCAUAAACAUUCAAUUUGGAUAGUUAUGUCGUUGACUGUCUUCGGCAUAAACAUUCAAUUAGGAUGGUUAUGCCGUUAACUCUCUUCGGCAUAACCUUUCAACUUAGAUGUUUAUGGCCUUGAAUAUGUGUUCGGCACUUUCAACUUAAACACGAUCAACUUUGGUGUUUAUGACGUCGAUAUUCGACGUCAUAAACACGAUCAACUUUGGUGUUUAUGACGUCGAUAUUCGACGUCAUAUACACGAUCAACUUUGGUGUUUAUGACGUCGAUAUUCGACGUCAUAAACACGAUCAACUUUGGUGUUUAUGACGUCGAUAUUCGACGUCAUAUACACGAUCAACUUUGGUGUUUAUAACGUCGAAUAUCGACGUCAUAAACACCAAAGUUGAUCGUGUUUAAGUUGAAAGUGCCGAACACAUAUUCAAGGCCAUAAACAUCUAAGUUGAAAGGUUAUGCCGAAGAGAGUUAACGGCAUAACCAUCCUAGUUAAUGUUUAUGCCGAAGACAGUCAACGACAUAACUAUCCAAAUUGAAUGUUUAUGCCCAACAUAUUCAACGUCAUAAACAUCUAAGUUGAAUGUUUACAAUAAGUGCAGAAGCCCUGGGUACGAGGUUGAGUACAAGGUCAUCUCUUAGUCGAACAUUAUUACUACAGGAGGAACCUAAACUAAAUCGAUAACUGCAUCAGUGUGACCAGAUCUUAUUACUAAACUUAUUAUAUAAACUUAUUACUUUGUGGUCUAAAAUUUACUAAUCGAGAAAAAAUUUACCAAAUUAAUUUCUUCCUCGCCCCAGUUUGAUAAAAGUGUAGAGCGUUGCACCAAAAUCGCAGGGUCGCAUGUUAGUUCGAUUCUUGUCAGAGGGCCUAGAUCCUUGCAUUUCCGCUCGCAAUGGGCUGAUUCCCCAAUUAACCAAAGUUUUGAUCUGAUGAUCUCAACAAGUCUAGACAAAAUUCCAUCAUAGCAUGAAAGAGCAUCACAAAAUUAGUAAUAUUCCAAAGUUUCGUUGCAAAAUGUUGUGAAAUACGGAUAAUAUAGCCUUGCGAAAUUUGUAACUUUCAGUCAUUUUAGAUUACGCACAGAAGUGGUAACCAUUUCCAGUUUGUAAUCUAAAAUGACUGAAAAUUGCAAACUUCGCAAGGCUAUAUUAUUUGCAUUUUACAACAUUUUGCAACUAAACUUUUACUAAUUUUGUGAUGCUCUUUCAUGCUAUGAUGGAAUUUUGUCUAGACUUGUUGAGGUCAAAAUUUUGGUUAAUUGGGGAUUGGUCCAUUGCUCGUGUUUAAUUUGAUAAUCUUCAUGGAUAUUUUCUACAUGUAUUCCUAGACUACAACUGCGAAUAAGGACGGUUAUUCUGUGGUUCGGAAGGCAGUCUUGCCUCCUUUCGAAGCUCGAGCAAUCCGUAUUACUGUCACCAAUUUCCAGAUAAGGAUAUCACUUAGAAUGGAAGUUAUUGGCUAUUAUAUCACAUGCGCAGGUAUGUUAUAAAAGUAGACUUACAUACUGGAUGGUCUCUAUAACUGUUAUUAGUCCAGUCUUACAGGAGGAAAGCUAAACCAAUGAACUUUUCUUUAUACUGGAUAGAACUCUAUUUGAACUGGUAGAACUGAUAGAGCUAUACAGUAUAUAGAAAUCGUCAAGCAUUAACAAAGUUAGUUUAGUUCAUUCUUGCCUUUCUCCAGCUACAUGUUAUGCCAGACCACUUGGCAUGGAAAGCGGAGAAAUUUCCGAUACACAGAUAACUGCAUCUUCUUCAGCUGGCUGGAAACUGCCGGGGGGCGCUCGCCUGAAUUUCCAAAACCAAAACGUUGAAAGACACAGCUGGGCGGCUCUCGAAACUGAUCGCUUAGCUUGGCUACAAGUUGCAUUUUAUCAAACAGUUAAUAUCAUUGAAGUUCAAACUCAGGCUCGCUUCUCUACUCAAUUGUUUUACAAUUAUACGUUGUCCUAUGGAAAUAACGGUGUGGAUUUUGAAUCGUAUGAAGAAGAUGAUAUGAUGAAGGUUUGAUUUAUUGUUAUUUUAUUACAGUAUUCUAGGACUUCCCCAGGGCAUGCUUAACGAAAUUUCAUUUGUGUUCCCCCAGUGUGCGAUGACACUGUUUUGAGAUGACAUUUUCAGCGGACUUGUUAUGAAAAAUUGUAACUUUUGCAUUUUGCACAGAACUGCCCACUUUCUGUAAGAUGUCCGCUGACAAUACGACCCCGCACGAGUGGGAGAAAUUUUUCUAAAUUUGACCAACGUGUAUAAGACGCAAGUAAUGCGCAUGCGCAUUCGUAUAGUAUUGUAACAUGUUAUUUUAUAAAACAAUUACUUUAUGAAUUUUUUCUGUGUUGGUGUUGUGUACUCAGGUGAAUAAUAUGUUUGCGAUGUUACUCUGAGUGCAUAUCCACACCGGGCGAGCUUGAAAAAUAUGCCCGGCCACGGUGGGAUUCGAACCUACGACCUUUGGAAUACUAGCCCAAAGCUCUUCCAACUGAGCUACGCGGUCAGGACGGUUCGAGUAAGUGAUAUUUCGGAACAGUAUCUAGUUCCUUCAAUACCAAUGUGUUCUUGUAAUAUGAAUUUUUUCUGUGUUGGUGUUGUGUACUCAGGUGAAUAAUAUGUUUGCGAUGUUACUCUGAGUGCAUAUCCACACCGGGCGAGCUUGAAAAGCUCACCCGGUGUGGAUAUGCACUCAGAGUAACAUCGCAAACAAAUUACUUUAUGGUUUCCGUGUUUGGAUGGCCUGAUCCAAACACUUGGGAAUGUAGCUCGAGUUCUUAACUCGAGCAACAUUCCCGCGUGUUUGGAUCAGGCCAUCCAAACACGGAAACCAUAAAGUAAUUGUAUAGCCACGUUUACCUUGACAGCCGUAAACACGAACACUCAAAGAAACACAAGAACGUAUAAUAAUCAUUUGUAUAUAUUAACAUACAAUUAGAAUAUACAAUUACUUUAUGGUUUCCGUGUUUGGAUGACCUGAUCCAAACACGCGGGAAUGUUGCGAGAGUUAAGAAAAGCACGCGAAAGCACGAGCCGAAGGCGAGUGAUUUUGCGCGCUUUUCUUAACUCGAGCAACAUUCCCAAGUGUUUGGAUCAGGCCAUCCUAACAGGGAAACCAUAAAGUAAUUGUUUUAUAAAAUAACAACAACACGAUAGUCUUCCGUGUUUGGAUGGCCUGAUCCAAACACGGGUUUCGACCAAUCAGAGCACGCGUUAUAUACAUGUUAUUUUAUAAUAUUAUUUAUUUUAUUAAAAUACAGUUAGAAACCUUAAUAUAACUUAUUUCUACAUUAUUUGUGCCGUUCACUUUCCUAUGAGACCUUAUUCAUAAAUCGUGACGAGGCCUCGUAUCCUAGGAUACGGGAACAAAACGCGGGAAAACAAGCGAAAACUGCUUGACAAGCAAAAUUCAGAUGCUAUUGUGUCGACUUUAAUGGCUUGUUUCUUGUUGCUUUUUUCGAUUUAUAACGAUUUUUGUGUGUAUUUUAAGACUUUGUUCCCACAACGAAAGCGGUAAAUGAGUAUAUUAUAAAAGCGACCGGUUUUUCUCCCGUUUUUGUGUGGAAAAAAUGACAACGUAGCGACAGUCGAGGCGACAGUCCAGGGUGGAAAGUUUGUUUUUUGUGCGCCGAAGAUUUGAUCGAGGUUCAGGUAACAUGCGCCAGUGGCUGUACAAAUCCUGUUUUAAACAUAUUCACAUGCGCCGCUGAGUUGCAAUGUCAACACUUUUAGAGCCGAGACAGAACAGAUACUAAACUUUUGAAAUACGGUCAGUCAGUGCUCAAUCAAAUUCCCGUUAUUACAUGGCUGAAAUACAAACAGAAAUGGUUGAGAACGUUGUAGUGUGCACAACUAAAUAAAUUUUUGUACGCCAGUGCGCCACGCCAGUUCAUUUUCCCAUUAUUCUGCGCCAAAAUGGAGCAAAUUUAUGAAUUUUCCACGCCGAAGAUCUUCGGCGCAACCUACAAACUUUCCACCCUGGGCGACAGUGUUUAUCCAGAAGCGAAAAACAGUAUUUUACUGAGAUUUUAACGUCAAUAUAAAGGUUAUUCCGUGGAAAAUCAAGACAACUAUGGAAUGAAAGUAUAAUUUUUCGAAUUUGACAUUAAUGUGGAAGAAAACAACAGGUCAAAAGUCACAAGAGAAUACGUCAAAUGUCAUUGAUUCGUACGGGAAAAUAUGAACUAUGGCUCUGGCUCGAUAACAUUCUGCAAGCAGCUUACAAGUUUAAAAAAUGAAGGCUACAUUACCUGAGUGAGUUGUAAUCUUAUUUCUUCAACAAUAGUUUCAUAUUUCUUACGAUUUUGGUGUUGUAUAGACGUUUUGUAGCCUUGUUGGUUCUUUGUUUUGCCCAUACAAACUACGACAAUAAUACAAAGUCAAAGGUUUCCUUUUUUGAUUGACUCCAGCAUCUUUUGCUUUAAAUAUCAUGUUAUAUUUUCUCAGAAGUAUUUUUUUCAACUUUCAAGCUCAGUUUUAUAGAUAUUAUUUUCGAAAAAAGCCGUAAUAUUCACGAAAAAAAGCUGCCAUAGCCUUUUUUCCCCGUUUCCUAGGAUACGAGGCCUCGUCACGAUUUAUGAAUAAGGUCUAUGGUAGUGGCCAACUCGUAAACGUUUGCUCCUUUGGCCACUACGCACUCUUCGUUUGUAACAUAAAUACUUUUUUAUAAUUUAAUGUAAAUAUAUGCAUUUAUGGGAUAUCAGUAAUGAAUAUCUUUGCCGGUGAGCUAGAAAUAAAUGCAAAUAAAUUGAUUCUGAUUCUGAUAGGUAGAAAAAGUCACCAAAAUCAGCUGGAAGAUGCUGCAUUGAAAUAAACUAGAUUUUAGAAACAUUAAUGCUUUAAAUAAUGGGGAAGUGCGCUCACGGAAACCGGAAAAUUUUAUUGUCCGCAUAGCCUUCUUUUGCAGGAUCAAUAAUGGGUGCAAAUCACUUUUGUAUGUACAUGUCCAGGACAGCGAACAUAAGAAAUGCCGGCGUAGAUUACUGAGUAAUAAACUUGUAUCAGUGUAUCAAUUGAAACAAAAUCACGAAGUUUAAAUAGUCAAAGUAGUAUAAUCACGAAGUUUAAAAGUCAAAAUCACGAAAUAUCGCAUCUCGAACCGACCUGACCGCGUAGCUCAGUCGGCAGAGCAUUGGCCGCUGCUAGUAUUCCAAAGGUCGUAGGUUCGAUUCCCACCGUGGCCAGGCAUAUUUUUCAAGCCUGCCCGGUGUGGAUAUACACUCAGAGUAACAUCACAAGCAUCUUAUUCACCUGAGUACAUUACACCAACACAACAAAUAAUAUGCCAAUAUCUUUGGAUAUUUUUCAUAAAUUAAAGACAUGAUCCUUUCAGUUUAAUUUACAAUCCAUAAUUACGCCAAGAUACUUGACACUUUUCUUCUCUUUUCUUUACUGCUAAUAAAGUGCAAUGGUGUUUAAUUUUUCACAGAUUUUUCAUGGAAACGAUGACCAAACCAAGAUUGUUAGUCAUUAUCUGUGGCCAGUUAUAACUGCUCGGUUCAUUCGUAUUAAUGCAUUGUCCUGUGGCGUGUCCUGUGCAUUAAGGGUAGAAUUUAUUGGAACGUAUGAAGGUAAUAUACUGAUCGGUAAUACGCCUUGGUCUCUUCUAUAGGUAGUUGUUCCUCUCUAGCACGGACCACGGAGGGAGAUAGCAAAGUGUCGCCUUUAUUAGGACCUGUUUGGGCUAACCGGGACCUUAUUGCGUAUAAAAUCGUUGUAUGUUUAUAUGCGAGACGAGCCAGCCCGGCUAAGGUGGGAUUUCAGGCGAGCAGGAGAAAAGUUUAAUACGAACGUUCCGUCCCACCUGACCAAGAUGGACAUUUUUUGCUGAUUUUUACCUAAAUUAGUUAGAGCGCCGUAUUUGGAAAAUAUAAACAAGAAAAGUGAAAAUUGGUUGUCAUUAGUCGUAAUACAACGUCAAGAUAUUUUGGAGGCGUCACAUUUUCGUCACAAUUUAAAACAGUCAUAUUAACACAGGGAAAUAAUUUGUCCCACUCAGGUAAGCUUGCCGGCUAAUUCCAUUUUAAACAAGACACCAUAAUGACAUCACUGCAAUGAAAGUAUCCAUCCGUAUUACAGAAGUGAGCGUAUGAGAGAGGUGUCCGUAUUAGAGAGAUGUCUGUUUUAGAUAGGUGCCUGUAUAAAAGAGGUGCCCGUAUUAGAGAGAUGUCUUUAUUAGAAAGGUGUGCGUAUUGGAGAUAUUCCCGUAUUAGCCGGAUUUGACUGUAUUUUAAUUUGAUAGCACAAAAAAUACAUUUUCUAUUUUUAGUUAUCCAUGGACCUGAAUUAAUUGAUCCGGAAUUUGUGGAGUUCGAAAAUACGCUGACCGCUUCUUCUUCCAGGGAUUGGUAGGUGCUAUAUUGGGGGGUGCUCCAGUUUCUUCCUUCAGCAAACGUGGGUGAAUAAGGGUUGACUCUUACUGGACCUCUAUGGAGAGCAUUUUAGAAAUAGUAGAGUUAUUUAGUACUCUAUCAAUGAAUUUAGUUGAGUUCAGGUUUUCUCAUGCAGCAAUACUGGACCAAUAACAGACCACCGUUACUACCUCCAGGAAGAACAGUUUAGAAGUGAUAGAGCUAUCCAGUAUAAAUAACGUUAGUUGAGUUGAAUUUUCCUCCUGUAGCAACAUAGACCUGCUAAGAGAUCGCUCUAAAUACUAGACCUCUAGCGGGAAUAGUUUUGAACUGUCAGAGCCAUCUAUACUGUAAGUGAACUUAGUUCAAGUUUUCUCCUGUAAGAACAGUGGACCAAAAAGCUAGGGAUGUCCUCAUUAGAUCUCUAGGAAGAACAUCUUAGACACAUAGAGCUGAUAUUGUUUUAUUUGCACCUCAGGAAUCAUCAACCUCAUCAUGGUAUUAUCUCCAACCAUUUCCACCCACGAGCUUGGUCUCCUGUAAAGGAGGAGAGAUUGCAAUACAUCCAGGUAUGUUAAAAUAUUAAACUAAAAUAAGAUAUAUUCAAAAGACCCCAUAGCAUUGGGCCCAAUUGACUGUUGUUCUGGGAACAAUACAUGCCUUAUAUUUAAGCACGUGGGCUGGUUAUCCAUCAAGAGGCGUCCCCGUGCAGGUCUUCUAAAACUGAAUAGAUAGUAGGGAUAUUUCAUUGUCUUUUCAUUGUUUUGAAAAUCGCACUGUUCUCCAUGCUAUUCAGUCAGGAUUUAGUGAUCGCAAUGUUCUUUUGUUCAUUGUUUUAAGAAUCGCACUGUUUUGCUUGCUGCCCAAUCACACAUUGUCUUAACGUAUGCCUAUGGGCUUAUUGUGUGCCUAUCACGUAGUGUGUGCCCUUUACCGCAUGGGCGUGUAUGGGCCUUUUACCGCAACUGGACGGCAUUAUUUGGCUGAAUACCAAUUAAUAAUUUUCUCCAAGGUUGAUUUGCUUCAAUUGACGGUUAUAUCCGGUAUUGGCUUUCGUUUGGCUGGUGACAGAAUACAUGAUCAUUACACCAAACUUGUAUUGUGGUAUGGAGAUACAGAGGAAUCCUUGAAAUUUCUGAGAGAUCACAAUGGGAAUAUGACGGUAAAGAAUUUUCAACAUAUGAUUAGGGCCGGAAUAGGUAUGGUCAUCUCGUAUUUGCCCAACCUUGACUUCAUAAACUUUACACUGGAUAGGCCCCACAGCUGCUCUUCAGAAGGAAACCUUAUACUUUUACAUUGGAUACCUCUAGCAAUUUUAAGCUGUUCUCUCCAGAGAUGCAGUAAACGUCAUCUUUUACUGAUCCAUUGUAAAACAAGAGGAAACUGGGGAGCCCUUAAGAAUGCGAUAUUUAGUAGAGUUUUGCAAGGAACAAUCUUCAGACAUGCGACUGAGGUGGAAUUAUGAUCAAACAGCUGCCUAAAAUCCAGGUCGCAGAGCCGGCUGAUCAUGCGAGGUGAUACCCGUUUACACUAACCAUUGUUUAGUCAAAUAUCACACCAAUGAACAUAAAUAGUUGGAUUUAGUCUCAUAAGAUUUUUAACUUUUAGCUAUUCGACACAAGAGAAUGUUAUACAGCAUUAGAAAAACGUUUGCUCACACGCCACGUGCGAUUUGAAGUUGACAGCUGGGAAACACGUCCUGACUUCAGAUUCCAACUUUAUGGAACAACAGGUGCAUAUAAUCCCAACAACAUGUUGACACAAAUUUUGUAUAGGACAAUAGUCUUCAUAUCAUCAGUAAUUUUGCCAAGGACUUUAGUCAUCAUAGUUCAGGUUUCUAGUCAUCAGUCAAAGACUAUAAUCAUUAUAGUUAAGGACUAUAUCAGAUAGUCAAGGACUAUAUCAGAUAGUCAAGGACUAUUGUCAUAAUAUAUACUAGUCAAGAACUAUAGUCAUCAACUCGUCAUAUUCAAAGGCUACAGUUAUAGUCAAGAACUAUAGUCAUCAUAUUCGUAGUCAUUUAGUCGAGGACUAUAAUCAUCAUAGUCAAGGACUAUAGAGUCAUCAUAUUCGUAGUCAUUUAGUCAAGGACUAUAGUCAUCAUAGUCGAGGACUAUAGUCAUUAUACUCGUAGUCAUUUAGUCAAGGACUAUAGUCAUCAUAUUCGUAGUCAUUUAGUCAAGGACUAUAGUCAUCAUAGUCGAGGACUAUAGUCAUUAUACUCGUAGUCAUUUAGUCAAGGACUAUAGUCGUCAUAUUCGUAGUCAUUUAGUCAAGGACUAUAGUCAUCAUAGUCAAGGACUAUAGUCAUCAUAUUCGUAGUCAUUUAGUCAAGGACUAUAGUCAUCAUAUUCGUAGUCAUUUAGUCAAGGACUAUAGUCGUCAUAUUCGUAGUCAUUUAGUCAAGGACUAUAGUCAUCAUAGUCAAGGACUAUAGUCAUCAUAUUCAUCAUAGUCAAGGACUAUAGUCAUCAUAUUCGUAGUCAUUUAGUCAAGGACUAUAGUCAUCAUAUUCGUAGUCAUUUAGUCAAGGACUAUAGUCAUCAUAGUCAAGGACUAUAGUCAUCAUAUUCGUAGUCAUUUAGUCAAGGACUAUAGUCAUCAUAUUCGUAGUCAUUUAGUCAAGGACUAUAGUCAUCAUAUUCGUAGUCAUUUAGUCAAGGACUAUAGUCAUCAUAGUCAAGGACUAUAGUCAUCAUAUUCGUAGUCAUUUAGUCAAGGACUAUAGUCAUCAUAUUCGUAGUCAUUUAGUCAAGGACUAUAGUCAUCAUAGUCAAGGACUAUAGUCAUUAUAUUCGUAGUCAUUCAGUCAAGAACUAUAGUCAUCAUAGUCAAGGACUAUAGUCAUCAUAUUCGUAGUCGUUAUAGUCAAAGACUAUUGUCAUGAUAGUCAGAGACUAUAGUCGCAUCAUAUUCUACAGUAUUUUGUACCUUUAUCGUGUAUAUGUUAUUGACAAGGCUGCCAUUGAUAACAGUUAUUGCAACUGACAGUACUCUCUGUUUACAUAUAACAGAUUCUCGCUCUGUUUUAGUAUACAGCGAAGCCACUGCAGAUGUAGAAAGUGGUAGCAUUAAGGACGAUCAAAUGAAGUCCUCAAAUCACCCUAAUGAUCCUUACCCUGCCCACGAAGGUCGCCUAAAUGGCCCCAGUGCCUGGUGCGGUAAUCCCUUGCGAAACAAACUGUACCUACAAAUUGAUUUUCUGUGGAAUUUCGAAGGUAAGUGCGCGCAAUUUCAUUUUCACUCAAGGGUGGAUUAAUGACGGAUUAAACCCUGACUAAUCAACUUGUUCUUUCUAUUUUUAAUAAAACGAACAUUCUUAUUUUUACAACAGUUCAUGGUGUAGCGACUCAAGGUAAACCUGUUGGAAUAAUGGAAUACACGACUGAGUACAAGCUAUCAAGUACCAUGGAUGGGAUUUCUUGGGAUCUGUACAAAGAAGACCAGACUGUGAAGGUUAAUACUUUGGCAAACUUGCACUUAAGAAUAUCAACGUUGUGCUCAUAUAUACUUAGGAAUAAUAUUCUUGAGAAGGAGAUCAGGAGUAUACUGUAAUUUUUAUUACCACUUGUGCUGGGUGAUGCUUUCUUCCUAUCCCAUUUACAAAGGGUACACUCUCCCAGUCUAGAAGGGGUCUGAAAAAAUAUGUGAUCUACCUAUCUCAUUGUGAUAACUGAAAACCGAAUAGUGAUUACUUAUCUGGAUUGAAGCCUUUUCUAGUCUUCCCUUUACUCAUCUAGAUUGAUCCCUUUACUCAUCUAGAUUGAUCCCUUUACUCAUCUAGAAAAUUACUCAUCUAGAUUGAAGCCUUUUCUCUUCCCUUUCCCUUAUAUUGUAAACACAUUGUAAAUUAGAGGCGUAACUGUUACUAAAUGUGUCAAUAAACCAUUAAUUAGUAUUGAUUACCAUUUAAGAGUUACUCCAACUCACUAACCCCAUGGUGAACAAACCAUGACAGCCUACUGUAAAUCACGGCUUACAGUGGGCCCCCAUAAAAUCCGCUCACGAAUACGACCCUACAUGGAAACCAGGUUGAAAGGCGAAGAAUGUAUGAAUUUUAGGCUCCUUAUUUUUCCUCUGUAGAUGUUUACUGGAAACACCAGCUGUCGAUGUACUAGAAAAAAUCCGGUUCAACCAUUUCUCGCUCGAGCUUUACGAUUUCUUCCUACCGCCUGGAAAGAUGCACCUUGCAUGAGAGUUGAGGUUUUCGGAAUUUAUAAAGGUUUGUUCUUUCAUUCAAUAAAAAUCAUUUCUACGGAGAGAUUAACUUUCACUUGACAACUUUAUUUAAUUAAACAGGGUAACCCAUUCAGUGAAAUAUGCACUGUUAUCCUUAGCGGCGCUGAUAAAUAUAUAUCUACAAAUACAAUUCAAAAAUUACUUAAUAAUAUAGUCUUUAUGAUACAUCGUCUGCUUUGUUAAAAACUACUUACUGGUUAGUUAGUUAGUUAUAUUAAAAAAAUUGUUUAUGCUUAAUUUUAAGAAGCGCCAUAAUAUAUUUUAUUCUUGUAGGUAUUCUUCGCAUUCAUGCACGAUCUGGUGUUCUUAAAGGAGCAAACGAAACUGUUGUUACACGAAAAUGUUCAAUCAAGGUGAAUUAGAAUUUUGGAUUAUCUCAAUGUACAAUCUCGAACGUUCUGUACCUGAAAAUAUAAAUAAAAGUUCUGUUCAUAUUUUUUCCAUACAGACGAGCAUGGUUUUCUUGUCAGGUUUUCCUGACAAGUUUACCCUCUCAUGUGUACGAUCAACAAGUUCUUCUUGACAAGUUUUACUUGACAGGUUUUGUUGUCUGUGCUCACGGAAUGCUCACAUCAAGGCCUUCUUUUGUUUGCCAAAACCAUAGAAGUAUUUCUUGUCCACCUGUCAAGGUUUCCUUGGCGGCCGUUUGUCUUUGUCGAAAAGCGCCAUUGACUAGCUUUGGAACAAUACUAAAACUGGCUGUACCAGUGUGGGUAGUACCAAUGUGAAAUUGACCACUUGCGUAAUAGACAAAAUUUUGAUCUCAACAAGUCUGGACAAACAUUUCAUCACAGCUUGAAAGAGCAUCACAAAAUUAGUAAUAUUCCAAAGUUUCGUUGCGAAAUGGUGUAAAAUGAGGAUAAUAUGGCCUUGCCAAGUUUGUAAUUUUCAGUCAUUUUGCAUUACGCGGGGGAAAUUGACAGACCAAUACCCUUUGGGUCUGUCAAUUUAUCGUUUGUAAUACAAAAUGACUGAAAAACUGCAAACUUCGCAAGGCUAUAUUAUCCUCAUUUUACACCAUUUCGCAACGAAACUUUGGAAUAUUACUAAUUUUGUGAUGCUCUUUCAAGCUGUGAUGAAAUGUUUGUCCAGACUUGUUGAGAUCAAAAUUUUGUCUAUUACGCAAGUAGUCAAUUGCUGUGCUGAGUGGUAAUAUUACUACCUGAAAAAAAACAAGCAGAAACUCGAUCUUCGCUCGAAACGUCGAGUUUCUGCUUGUUUUUUUCAGGUAGUAUAAUAUAACCAAUCAUCAAAGCAAUUAGCUCUGCAACAAGGCUCUUUGGCAAGCAAAAAUUGUCACGUUUUUGCCGUACACAUGAGCAAAUAAAACUUAUCAAGGAAAAUUGUUAUAUCGUGUAUUUCCUUCUUAGUUAAACGGACAAGAAGUCAGUCGAAAGAUGCCAGGUUAUAAUGUUGUUGUUGCAAACCCGAAGACUGGUGCUCUUAUUUCAUCGGGAUCAGCAGAGAAUCCUUCAGAUGUUAACGACUUGCUGAUGAAUGUCACUGACGAUUCAAUCGUAGUUGUUGCCACACAAAAUGUCACCCAAAGGUAAAUUUAGCAUUUAGUCUUUAGAUAAAGUUCAGGGAACAGAAUAACGGCCAGUCAACGGUCAAUGACCGAAAAAAAUUGCGGUAUGAUGCCUGUUUACUGUACACUUUUACUGUGAACUAUUGUAUCAAUGGUUUCUUUUUUUAAAUUAACACAGGCCAUCAAAUGAAACAUUGCAUCUUCUUGAGUCUCUUGGUGCAAUCAGUUUGCGAUACUCCCUCACAUCUGAAGACUUGGUGUUUCUGCUGGUUGGAUAUAAAGGAGAUGAGAGGGUGAAUUGGAUAAAAGAAAAACUGGGAACAUCUAAAGAUGGUAUCGUCAGAGUUGCUGUACCUAUUAAACUUAAUGAGAGUAUGUGAGAUUUUAUGCUUGCUUUAUUUUGUUAUUUGUAUUCGUAUAUGGUUGCCUUGGUACCUACAUACUAACUCUACAUUCUUACAUACCUACCUAUCUAUCUACCUAUCUACUUUCCCACAUACCUACUUACCUAACUAUCUACCUACCUACCUACCAGCUUACCUACCUACAUACCUUACCCUACCCUACCCUACCCUACCCUACCUUACCUUAUCUUACCUUACCUUACCUUACCUUACCCCACCUCGCCUCGCUUUCCUUGGCUUGGCUUGCCUACCUACAUACCUACCUAACAUAUAAGAUAACCUACCAAGCAUAGCCUACCUAACCUAUCAACUUCCCAAUCUAUUUACCUAUUUAUCCACCUACAUCCCAUAUAUUCCAUCCAUGUAUGUAUUUCUUGUACUACCUAAUACUCCCAUUUUUAUUCAUCUCCCUAAACUCCCCUUAAUUACGCCCUUUUUUAGACGAGAUGAAGCCAGCAGUAAACCAACACUUUGUAAACUCAAAUAACACCGAGGAAACUGAAAUCACCCUCUCCGGAGACAAUGCAUACAUAUUCCAUAAUAUCACUGGGAAAUGUGGUGAAAACGAUACAGAUUGCGAGAUGGGAUUAUCCUUAUCUAUGUGGAUGAAACAGGAACCUCUGGACUAUGUGGAGAAUAUAGAAUCUGCCCCGACACCAGGUAAUACACACAGAUCCACUUUAAGUAUAAUCCUUCUUGAUGGUAGCAGACACUUUGCGAAAUAUUAUAGGUGUGAAUUUAGAAUGACAGCAACAUAUUUUAACCUUUAAACCUUUUGGCCUCAAUUUAAUGCUUAUUUGCUUAAUUGAAAGAUAUCAGAUUUUCAUGGUUGAGAAAACUGUAUUAAUUAAGGAAACUUUAAUAAAUAAAUAUAUUUGCGUUAUGUUUUACACCGCAAAAGAUAGUGAACCUUUUAGUUUUAUUUCUUUGACAUUUAGGAAUAAAUGGCGGAAAUGUCGAGAAAAAAAUCUUUUCCAUUUCAGGACGCAUUGACUUGCAGUAUUAUUCCCGAGGUUACAACUACAUUGUGAUAAAAGAUGCCAAAGUUUGGAAAAACGCGCACAGGUAUGUCAUACUCGCAGGGCCGGAUUAA